UGCUACUGAGUUGCUGCCCGGCUGGCUAGAACGGAGUAAGAAGAGGUUUAAUCAAAGGGAAACAAAAGAAGAAAAAUAGAUGUAGUCUUUGGGGAUUGGGAGUAGAAAGAGAGAUUUGGGACUUGAAAGAUUGAAGCCAGCAGGAACAGAAAAAGUAUAGUAGAGGUAGAUGGAUUGAGCAAAUAAGUCGGAACAGGGAAUGGCUUACAGGAGGAGGCAGCAGCAGGGGGGAAUAUUGCCUUCAGCACCUGCAACGGAUGAUUUGGUAGACGUAGAAGUGGAUACAGCCAAAGCCAUUAGGGGAUCUUCCGCCCGCUUAGGUUCUUCUCUCUCCGCCGCUUACGGCUAUAGUUCCCUUCAUUCCUCGUCUGCUGCUCUAUCCACGCCCACGCCCACGCCCACUUCCACCGCCACCCCCACCCCCAAGGAAUCCGAGCCUCAUCAAUAUGCCUCAUUGAAAAAUUUAGAUGAAUCCAAGCAAGGGUUUUGGGGUUCUCUUGCUAGGAAAGCUAAAGCCUUUUUGGAUGACGAUAAUGAGCACCGCCAAUUUGAGCCAGGUGGACAAGCUAAAUCGGAGCAGCAUCAAGGGCCAACCCCGGAUAAAUACCGUAAUGUAUACCAGUUACAUGAUAGGCAUAACAAAACAGACAAUCCCACUUUGCAGAAGGGCCUAGGUGCAAUUGCCUCAACCCUAAAUUACCUUGGAAAAUCUGUUGAGGAGGGUCUUACGAUUGUGGAGAAUCGGACAGCAGGCAUCAUUCAGGAAACCCGCAAACAUAUCAGGAAAAAGCAUAGUGGUUCUAUGGCACCGAAUCACGCUGCUAAACAACCACAAAUGCAGCACCAAGCACGAACAUCCUUGCAAGCUGAUCUGGAAAUUCAAUUGAAGGCAUCUCGCGACGUUGCGAUGGCUAUGGCUGCCAAGGCAAAGCUGCUUCUCCGAGAGCUAAAAACUGUCAAAGCUGAUUUGGCUUUUGCAAAGGAGAGGUGCGCUCAGCUGGAGGAAGAAAAUAGAAUCCUUCGAGAGAAUCAUGAAAGGGGAGAUAACCCAGAUGACGAUGAGUUGAUUCGUCUUCAACUUGAGACUCUGUUGGCAGAGAAGGCGCGACUAGCUCAUGAGAAUUCUAUCUAUGCACGUGAGAAUCGUUUCCUGAGGGAGGUUGUUGAAUACCACCAACUCACAAUGCAGGAUGUUGUAUAUCUGGAUGAGAGCACUGAAGAAGUCACUGAAGUUUACCCUAUCAAAGUACCUUCAUUACCCAAUAUGAACUCUGUGCCUGCUACAUCUAUUGCGUUGUCAUCUGAGGCAUUUCUUGACGCUAGUCUGCGACUAGCUCGGAAUAUACCUGUUAACCCUGUGCCACCCCCCUGAGUUUGCUGAGGCUUCUCAGAAUUCUACCUGGCCAAGCUCUAGAGCUCAACUUUAGAUUGCAGAGGAUGCCAUGUAUGUAUCAUACUUUCUAUAUUGGCUCGAUUCACGUGUAGUGUGUGUUUGUAUAUCUUUCUUAUGAAGAAUUGAGAUGUUAACAAUAGUCUUUGGUUCCCCUUUCCAAUUUUAUUAUGACUUCUCUUUUUUAAUUUUUGGUGGAACCAAAAUAUCCUCUA